AUGUCCCGGCUACUGCCGCUGCUGAGGAGCCGGACUGCGCGCAGCCUGAGGCCGGGCCCGGCCGCCGCGCCCCGCCCGCCCUCCUGGUGCUGCUGCGGGCGGGGGCUGCUGGCGCUCGCGGCCCCGGGCGGCCCCCGGGCGCUGGGCACCCACCCCAAGAAGGAGCCCAUGGAGGCGCUGAACACGGCGCAGGGCGCGCGCGACUUCAUCUACAGCCUGCACUCCAGCGAGAGGAGCUGCCUGCUCAAGGAGCUGCACCGCUUCGAGUCCAUAGCCAUCGCCCAAGAAAAGUUGGAAGCUCAACCACCAACCCCAGGACAGCUGAGAUAUGUAUUCAUCCACAAUGCGAUACCUUUCAUAGGGUUUGGCUUUUUGGAUAAUGCAAUUAUGAUUGUUGCAGGAACCCAUAUUGAAUUGUCUAUUGGAAUUAUUUUUGGAAUUUCAACUAUGGCAGCUGCUGCUUUGGGAAACCUUGUGUCAGAUUUAGCUGGUCUUGGACUUGCAGGCUACGUUGAAGCUUUGGCUUCCAGGUUAGGCCUAUCAAUUCCUGAUCUCUCACCAAAGCAAGUUGACAUGUGGCAAACACGUGUUAGUUCACAUUUGGGUAAAGCUGUCGGAGUGACUAUUGGCUGCAUUCUAGGAAUGUUCCCUUUGAUCUUCUUUGGAGGAGGUGAAGAUGAUGAAAAACUGGAAAAGAAAAAUUAA